AUGAAGUAUUCAGAGCUGGUAACAACUAAAAACGUAGUGUGUGCAGCUACAGGAGCUGGAGCCAUCUUCCUGGUGGCCAAAACCAUCAUGGCAGGGAUCAAGUGCCCGCCUUACAACCCAGAGCCCGUCCCCUUAGUAACCAGACUUUCCCAGUCCCAGCAUAAUAAACCUGUAAUGGACUCUGGAGAACUCAAGGGACUCCUGGCCACCCUAAGUCCAAGAUUAGAUGACUACUGCAAGAAUAUGGUACUCCACAGCAUCACGCGGUGUGUUUAUCUACUGGAUGCAGAGGCAUCUGCAUGUACCUACGAGGACAUCAAACUGGUGGCUUCAUUCCUGGAUGAUCCAGACAUGGGCAUUAAGAUUCAGACACUACAUGCCCUCAAGGCCUUCACUGGCAUCUGGAAGUUUAGAAUUAAAAUUCAGGAGUUUAUCCCUAAAGUUCUUGAAAUAAUUAGCAACAUAUGGGACAACGAUGUGCACAUUGCCGGACUCAGGUUACUGAAUGGGCUGCCACUGCCAGAUCACACACACGCAUUGCUGAAAAAAUGUGUGCCUCCUUUAAUGGAAAUCCUGCAGAUGGGAAACACCUUGGCCCAGGUACAGGUUCUAAAAUAUCUCAGCAUGCUGGCCCAGAAGGAAGACCUGUUAUUUGGCAUCAUGAACUGCCAGGUACACCCUGAAUUCCUCAACCUCUUCCAGCCUUCCCAACCUGGGAACCUCCUCUUUGAGCUGCUGCUGUUCAUGGAACGGCUUUGUGAGGGUCGCCUGACACCCCACUACCAGUCAGUGCAUUGGCAGUACAAUGAGUCUUCUCUCCAUGAAGUCGUCUUUGGAGAGGAUUCCCGCCUAGCUGACAGUCUUCUCUCCCUCAUCAUUCAUCCUGAGGAAGGCGUGCAGAUCCAGGCCUGCAGGGUCAUCCUGAAACUCCAGUUGAAUGAGGGGAAGAUUGCUGGCAUCCACCCCUCUGACCCCACCUUCAGCAGCUUCUUCUGUGACUCCAUGGCUGAACCUAUGCAUUAA